AUGGGAUCGCAUGGAAUGACCGACGAUGAAAUUCUAGUGUACCUAUUUGACGCGAUCAAGAAUCCCGAAGCCGUCAAUUUUGCGCAGGUUUUGAACGACAGGCGCGUGAAAGAGUGCAGGGUGAAAUAUAAUAACGACAAGUGGAAUAUGGUUUACGAGACGGUGGAGCUCUUCGCAUACGGAACGUGGGAAGAUUAUGUGAGAGGAAGGCAGAAUGGAAAGUAUCUCGUGCUCGAUGAACUUUGCACAAUGAAUUUGAAGGUUUUGAGUCUUAUGACGGCAAGAAAACAGCUAAAUACAGGAGAAAUUCCAUACGAUCUUUUAUACGAAAGACUCGGCGUCGAACACGGGAACACUUGGGAGCUCGAGCAAAUCGUCAUCGGAGUGACCCAGCGGGGGUUGAUGAGUGGCUACGUCGACCAAGAAAAACAAACUGUCUUUAUCAGAAAUAUCCUCACCCGUGAUGUGCGACUCUCAGAAGCAGAACAGCUCGCAGAAAAGGCGAAGUCCUGGUGCGAGAAAAUUCAAAACAAGCUCGAUAAAAUGCGGAAAGCGGAACUCGAGGCAGAUCAAAAAGACCUCGCACAAUUCAAUGCUAAUGAAGAUCACAUUUACAAGCUCGAUAAGACUUUUCAAUAUGUAAAGCUUCAAAUGAUCGCUCAGGCGGGAGGAAGUAGUAGCUCUUCAAAUCAGCCACGAACGAAGAAGACAAAAGUCAAGCCCACAAAUAUGAUGACAACAUGA